AUGGCUGACGUUACUAAGCAGGACGUCGUUGACGCCGUUGCUGAAGCGGCAGGAUUGAGCAAAGCAGAGGCAAAUAGAGCCGUCGACGCCGUUAUCGAUUGUAUCAAAGGUUCUUUAGCCAGCGGCAAGUCUGUUGGGCUAAUCGGAUUUGGUACUUUUGAAGUCAGGGAGAGAGCCGCCCGUGAAGGUCGAAAUCCCCAAACGGGAGCCACGAUCAAAAUUGGAGCGAAGAAGGUUCCCGCCUUCAAAGCUGGAAAAGGGCUCAGAGACGCUGUUUAA